GUGUAAUGUAACCUGACUCCAUGGUCCUGAUGGAUUAAAUAAUUACAUAGGAUAAUUUUUUUUUGUUUUUCUUAUAAGCAUAACUAUUUUGUCAAACUAUUUUGUCAUGCAGACUGCCAGCAGAGGAAUCUGUGGAGCCAGUCAGUGGUCUGCUGCACGGGAGACAGCCAGAAGAGCUAGUAAACUGGAUGAAGAGGGCAUUGAGGUGGUUGUUUGCCGACACGGAGUGCUAUUGAAGGCCCUCAACAUGUAUAGGGGGGAAAUAUUUGCUUAUCCGCUGUUCCUGCAAAAGGAGCUUCAGACAGCCACAAAUGGACAGUUCUUUUGCACGGAUAUUGCUUGCAAGUAUUGGCCCUACCUUGAAAAGUUGUCGGUCUCCAUGUCAGAGCUCAGACCUUUACUGCAGAUGAGGCCAUUCCUUUCUGUCAUGCAUGCCAAGGCCCAUUCAACAAAGUGUGAGACUUGUGAAAAGGCGGAGGCUGAUUCUCAGAGACUGGAAGAUUUGAGCAUUCAACUUGGUUGCCUUGAGAACAUGGUGCAUCAGUGGGUUCAUGAUGUCAGAGAAUGGGCUUCCGAUGAUUCUGCAGGUACCAGAUGUGAUGACCAGCAACCUCUUCAGGAAUCAAUUGAAGAAAUGUUCCUUGCGGUUCAUCACAGAAAAGCCAGCCUUUAUAAUCAGACUGACAGCAACAAAAUCCGACAGUUGCGACGAAGGAAAUUGGGGGAAGAGAAGAAAAAACUGUUUGAAAAAAUCAAGCUGUACAAUGAGCAGGUUGCAGAUGAGGAGCGCAUCCUUGAGGAGAAGGUGGAAAGCAGACUCUCUGUGGUGGAAGGAGACAGUGGGGCAGACUGUCUAAUAUGGCCAUGGGAAGUGCACAGCAGAGAAUCGAGCAAUAUCCUUACGAAGAAGAAGAUUUUUGAUGUUUACAUGUCAAAAAUGCGGCUUCAAGAGGAAAAGAUCAUUUUGAUGAGGGAGAUGAAACAGCAUUGCACCUACCUCAGAAAGCUGGCCUGGAGUCUCCGCAAAAUGAUGUCUGAAAUGUCUUCUGGCAGGAACAGUGUGACGUUACUCUAA